AAUAGUAUAUAAACUUUGGCGGCCGUCGGGACUGUCGCAAACGGUUGCAAACAGAUGCUGAAAAGUUAUUAAGAAUAAUAACUCUGUUGAGAAGAAAUGGAACAUAUUUCUAGAUUUGUGGUAGUGCUACUGACGAGUCUUGUUGUUGAAAUUACUGGUGAGUGCACUGUUAGAUACAGACCACCAGAUAUAAAGCCGUGCCCUAAAGAUACAAAUGAUGAUGGUACCAACUGCUGGCGAGGCUCCUAUGGAAGAGGGGCAGGACGGGUUCCAGACAAAGCGCCUUGUCCUCCGGGACUAAGGGACGACGGCACAAGUUGCUGGAGUGAUGCACACAUAUAUGGCAAAGGUUGUUGUUGUACUAUUUGGGGAUGCUGUGGCAAUUGCAAAUCCGGAUACCAUGACGACGGCUGCACCUGUCGGAAAACUGAUGUCGGUAUCAAAGUGACAUUGUUCCAAAGAUACCGAUGUCAUAGUGACGAGGAAAGAAACGGCGCUCUUUGCUACCCUAAAUGCAAAGAAGGAUACUAUGCAUCCGGAUGUUGUAUCUGCGUUCCUCAUGGCAAGCAAGGCAUUGAACUUUCAGCCGAAGAUCGAAAAUAUUGCAAAGACGGAUCACCGCUUGUCAAUGGACAAUGUCAAGUUACGGAAUGCAAAUAACAGAAGUGUAAUCGUUUAAACUGAUAUUUGAAACAAGAAAUCAUGCUUAUUUUUCAAUAAAUAUUUACAAUCAGCUUUAAACAAAAUGUUAAUAAAUCCAAGCGGUAGAAACGCAUUAUGCAACAUGGUCAGUAAAAAGUUAACAUAAUUUGAACUUUAUAUGGUUAUCAUCAACAUUUUCAUUCUACUUACAAGAAAGGCCAACUUAACAAUCUUGUUAGCACAAAGUUCUAAUUAAUAUGCACAUGUUUUAACAUUGAUCAUACAGAAUUAUCUACUCUCAAAGACGGUCCAUCCAUAGUAGAAUAACAUACAGUUUAAAACUGCUUGUCUAGUAUUUACAUUUGUUUGCCUAAUACCUGUCUUGUUUGUUUUCGCUCUUUUUUCAAGCAGCUAUAAAUGUAGUUCUAAGCUGUCAGCUAUAUAUAUUUUCCCCGAAGUAUAUUACCCCUAUUGUUUACCAACAAUACAUUCUGAUUAUACGUAUCCAAACAAUUAAUUUUUAGGUGAAAAAUAUGGAUAAUAUACGGGAUUAUGUACCAAAUAAAUAUUAGCAAAAUGUU